AAACCCGUGCAGACAUGGCCUCAAAUGUCUCUUUCCAUGUCGACUCUCAACGUCCUCAGAACUCUUGGAUAUGAUAAGCCUACUCCAAUCCAGGCGCAGGCGAUUCCCACUAUCGAAGCCGGCAGAGACGUGAUCUCUGUGGCAAAGACCGGCUCCGGGAAGACCCUUGCGUUUGGUGUUCCUGUCUUGCGCCACAUUCUGGAUCAGCGGGAUCUUGGAUCUUCUGAUGGCCCUAUCGCCUUGAUUAUGGCUCCAACUCGAGAACUAGCGGUUCAGAUUCAGCGCGAAUUGAAGCCUUUCCUCAAAGCUCAUUCGUUGAAGGCUGCGUGCUGCUAUGGCGGAGUGCCGAUCAAGGACAACAUCGCCGACGUCAAGCGAGGAGGCAAUCACGUUAUGGUUGCAACCCCCGGCCGUUUGAUCGACUUGAUGGCUAGUAACUCGGGUAGGGUUCUGAACCUGAAGCGUGUUACUUACGUGGUUCUAGACGAGGCAGACAGAAUGUUUGAUAUGGGCUUCGAGCCUCAAGUCAUGAAGGUCCUCCAGAGCAUCCGUCCAGACCGCCAAACUGUUCUCUUCUCGGCGACGUUUCCGAAAUCAAUGGAGAGUCUCGCUCGAAAGGCCCUCGUUAAGCCCGUCGAGAUUGUGGUUGGUGGAAGAUCUACCGUUGCUCCCGAGAUCAAGCAAAUUGUCAAAGUUGUGGCACCAGAAAAGAAGUUUAACGAGGUUCUCUUCGAACUCGGCCAGUUGUUUAAGGAAGACGAAGACGCACGAGCCUUGAUAUUCGUGGAGACACAAAAGACUGCUGAAGAUCUGCUUGACAAGGUCAUGAAGAAAGGAUAUCCAGCCCGUGCUAUCCACGGUGGUAAAGAGCAAAUCGAUCGCGAUGAUGCAAUCUCUGACUUUAAAGCUGGAAUCCUUCCUGUCGUCGUGGCCACUUCGGUAGCUGCUCGAGGACUAGACGUGAAGCAGCUCAAGCUCGUCAUCAACUACGACCCGCCCAGCCACUUGGAGGAUUAUGUCCACCGUGUCGGACGGACUGGUAGGGCUGGAAACACGGGUACAGCCGUAACGAUCAUUACGGAAUCUCAGGAGCGCGAGUCGAUCCACAUUGCCAAGGCACUUCGACAGAGCGGACAACCGGUUCCCGAGGAUCUACAGAAGAUGGUAGACUCUUUCAUGGAGAAGGUCAAGGCAGGUGAAGAGAAGAUGAGUGGUUCUGGGUUCGGCGGCAAGGGUCUUGAAAAACUAGACCAAGAGCGUGAGAGAGAGAGGAUGCGUGAGAAGCGCGCAUACAAAACAGGGGAUGAGCCCGAUGAGGAAGCUGAAAAGGAGAAGGUAUCGGAAGAGGACGAUUUCACGGUUCAAAGUUCGGCUAAUCCAGCACCCGCGCAGAUACAGGUUACAUCUUCUUCAGCACCCCCGCCCUUAGACGUUCCGCACUCAGACGCUCCGUCCUCAGGCCUUCCAGAUCUAGACGGUGAAAUCAUUGUCCAUAGGACCGAGAAGCUAGCCGCUGGCGGCGCAGGAGGCGAUCAUAUGGCGAGAGUUCUCCGAGCAGCCCAGGCUAUCGGAGGACGUCUUACCAAGAAGAAUAUGAUCCACCCUGGUCAACCAAUCGACAAUAAGGGCCCAGAUGCAGGCGCCUUCCACACCACCUUGGAAAUCAACGACUUUCCACAGAAAGCUCGUUGGGCUGUCACCAACCGGACCAACGUCGCGAAAAUCCUGGAUCGUACAGGCACAUCGAUCACCACAAAGGGCAACUUCUAUCCUCCGGGCAAAAAUCCUCAGGAGGGAGACCCCCCUAAGCUCUAUAUCCUAGUGGAGGGCGACACGGAGGCGGUCGUGAAGGGUGCCAUGCGCGAGUUGCAAAACCUGCUGAAGGAGGGAACCCAAGCAGCUCUGGACAAUGAAUCCAGAGGCCCUGGUGGUGGACGAUACAGUGUUCUCUAAAGCAGUGUGACGCUUCUCCGAAACCGAGUACAUGAGCAAAGAUACGUUACUUGGUUGGUUGCAUGCACAGGCGUCUUUUUUGUCUUCAUUUCCUGCGUAAUGGAUGGGCUAUGGAUGAUGGAUAUGGUGGUUGGGUUCCCGUACGACUGGCGGGGAUCCAUUGAGCAUCGCUCAUGUGGAUAACGAUAUCGCUGGAUUGGCGAUUUUGUCAAUCGUAACAUGGUUGGGCUACGGUUGAUGGGUGAACAACGGUUGGGCUUUCGGGUACGACUAGCGGAAACUUAGAAAGUGUGGUUCAUGGAGGAGAUGGCUCCCAAGAAUUGGCGACCCUGUCAAUCAUAUGGUGGCACAUCUAGGUUACUUCAAACGGUGCUAUGCACUUGUUUGAUGACCGCCAUAAAACAGAAAACUAAAAAAAACCUCCUAUAGCAGAGCAAUUGAAGCAUGAUAUGCCUCUUGCAUCAUAC